UCACCAUCUCCACCGAAAACCCUCGGUCUGAAAUCAACUUUCUCAUUCAUACAGAAUCACAGUUUUCGGGCGAAAAUGGCAGCCACUACCGCCGUUUUGAUUUUAUGCAUCUCUGCGGUGGUGAUGAAUGUGUGUUUGGUCGAGUCGGCACACCACACAGGGGCACCGGCGCCAGCGGCGGACUGCUCAACGGUGAUACUGAACAUGGCAGACUGCCUGUCGUAUGUGACCGCCGGGAGCACGGUGAAGAAACCGGAAGGAACAUGCUGCUCAGGGCUGAAAACGGUAUUGAAAACAGAUGCAGAGUGUUUGUGUGAAGCAUUCAAGAACAGUGCUCAGUUGGGUAUAUCAUUGAACGUUACAAAAGCCCUAGAUUUGCCAUCGGCUUGCCAUAUCAAUGCCCCUUCUGCUACUAAGUGUGGAAUGAGUAUUGGAAGUGGAGCUUCUCCUGUUCAAUCCCCAAUGGCAGUUGGCCAGGCACCCAACAUGGCUGCGUCAGGACCAUCCAUGGCUCUUGCUCCUACACCGACGGCAUCCCAAAGCUCGGGUUCAUCUGGGCUAGCCGCACUAACCAUCUCUGUUUUUGUCGGUAUGCUACUAUCUGUUUAUUUCUAUUCAUACUGAGCAUACCUGUGUGUCAGGCUUCAUUACGAUCUAGUAUCUGGAAGUGAUAGUUUUUUGAGAGGUGAGACUAUGGGAUGAUGCUUGUAUGUACUUAGAUUUCCGUUACUAGAUUGUUAUCGACUUAUUUCUGUUUCUUGAUGUACUUCGUAGUAUUUUCUACCGAUUUCUUGUUAUUUUACGAGCUCCAUGUGUGAUUGUUAGUU